CUAUGUGCUGCACCCGUCUUCACUGAAAACAAUGACUGAUGCCGGGUUUUUUCGCGGUACGAGUGCCGAGCAAGACAACAGGUUCACCGACAAGCAGAAGAAGCUUUUGAAGCAGCUAAAGUUCCAUGAUGUACUCAACAAAAGAGUUGACAUGAACAAGGUGAACCUGGACACAAUCAAGCCAUGGAUCACCAGAAAGAUCACCGACUUUCUUGGCAUGGAAGAUGAAGUCGUCGUGGAAUUCGUCUUUAAUCAGCUUGAAGCCGAAAAGCACCCGGACGGCCGGAUGAUGCAGAUCAACCUGACGGGCUUCCUGAACGGCAAGAACGCCCGGGACUUCAUGGGGGACCUCUGGGUGCUGCUGCUGAGCGCCCAGGAGAGCGUCGGGGGCAUCCCCGCCGAGUUCCUCGAGCAGAAGAAGGAGGAGAUCAAGAAGCGUCAGGAGGAGCAGGAGAGGAUGCAGGAAAACGUAAGGCGCAUGGAAGAGAAGGAGCGGGAGAAGAUGGCAGAGCGGGUGCGGGAGUUGGCACCCCUGAUUCGGGAGCGAUCCCCGGAGCGCCCCAAGGAGCGCAACCACAGCGAGCACAAGUCGAGGGACAAGCCGUCUGACAAGGAGAACGAGCCGCUGCCGAAACCUUUGCCGCAGCCGCAGCCGGAGAAGGAAAGAGACGGCGAGGCCGGCCAGAAGGACGUGGCUGCAGAGCCCAAAGCCAAAGAAAAGGCCCAGUCUCCCCCUCCCGCCGAGGUGCGCAAGGACGUCGACAAGCACAGCGACAAGCGCGGCCGGGGCGAGAGCCCACGUCGGCGAGGCUCACCCCCUCGUAAGGACCGACGGCGCGGGAGGUCGCGCAGUCCACGGCGGAGAUCUCGGAGUCCGAGACGCCGCCCCAGUCCGGCGUUGCGUCGCCACUCGCCCCACCGCAGGAGUCCCGUCGCCAGGAGGGGCUCUCCACCCCACCGGAGGCCAGGGCACCGGUCUGCAUCCCCAAUCGCAUCACGCUCCAGUUCCAAUUCGUCCGCCUCAUCCAGCUCCAGCGAGGGCUCCGCAAAGAAAGGGAAGCCAGGCAAGCGCCAGGCGGCAUCUCCGCUGAAGGAGAAGCUGGGCCUGCGCAAGGACUCCGUGCAGCAGAAGCGCCAUUACAGGUCUCACGGUGGCCACGAGGAGUCUGGCAGCGCUUCCGAUGAAGCGCCCCCGGGCAGGCGGGCCGGCGGCGACAAGGGCCGGGGUGGAAUGCGCAGGGGGGCUGGCCGGCGCAGGGGAUCGGCCUCUUCGUCUGGCUCGGCCGGUUCGGUGUCUCCCGGGCGACGCAGAGGUCGACAGAGUCCACACGGAAGGAUGCGCCGAAGUCCUUCCCCCAGACACCGGCACAUGCGGAGGAGGAGCCUGACCCCCGAGAGACGGCGGCGGCCCUCCCCUCCCCCUCCCAUGCGGGAGGAGAGGAGGAGGUUCACCUCGCCCUCGGAGCGCCGGCCGCCGCCACGCAACCAGAGCCCCGUGAUGCAGCGGGAAAUGCGUCGGGGCGGGGGAGGCAGCCCUGAACCGCGGCGGGAAAUGGACCUGCGCCAGCAGCGCCCCGUGCCGCCGCCCAACAUGGGUCCCGUGUCCCCGCCCUCGAGGGGCCAGGCUAGGAGGUCCCACACCCCCGCAGAAGCCCAGGAGGCAGCCUUGGCAAGGCACCACGCAAUGGCCAUGGCGCGGCAGCAGAACAGCCACCAUGCCAGACGAGAGCUGUCGCCAUCCAUGGAGCUGCGGCAUGACGGCAGGAGAGCUGCCAACAGGAAGCAGGCGCCGCCUGCCCCGUCUGGCUCUUCGUCUUCAUCGUCGGAGGAGGAAGAAGAGGGUCCUCCGCCAGAAAAAAUGCGCAAGAAGGCGCCUCCCGAGGAAUCGGAGUCGUCGUCAUCUUCCAGUUCGGGCUCGCCGUCUCCCGAGAGGCCGCCACCCGACAAAGUUGCCACAGCGACCAAGCGACUCCCUACCAAGCCGACGGCUCCCGUUCCAGCAAAGUCCGAGUCCGAGUCAGAAUCUGAGUACGAAGAGGUCGAGGUGACGGCAAAGACGGCCGCAGCAACGGACAAGUCCUCCAGAAAGACCAAGAAGAAGAGGAGGAAGGAGUCGGAAAGCAGCGAUUCUGAAGACGAUAGUUCCAAGAAGAAGAGGAAGAAGCACAAGAAACACAAGAAGCACAGGAAGCACAGGAAACACAAGAGGGCCAAGAAGGGAGAAGAGGAGGACGACGAGGAAGAGGAGGAGGACGAAAGGGCGCAGACUGCUGAGGUGACUGUUCGUGGUUAGUCGUUUAGCGGGCGCACAGAGAGGAAGGGUAGUUGGAGGGGAGAGAGGUGUGUGUGGAGAGAGGAGGAAGAGGAGGAGGAUGCCGUCCAGGGUGUCUCACAAGGGGCUGCACUUCCUUCCAGAGGUCAGAAGAGGAACCCGUUCCCGAGGAACUGGAACGCAAAUUGCGCGAGAAGGCCCUGCGAUCGCUGAAUAAGGUGCGGGGCAGCACGGAAGAGAGCGCCGCGACCCUCUAUGUCAAUUAAGGGUGUCGCAUUGAUAGUCUCCCGCCUGCCGGCGCCGGUCCCUCGAAGUUUCCAAAGAGGGGGGCGAGGAGCCGACGACGUGUCUUAAGGUGUUGAGUCGGCUACGGCUACAGUUCAGCGUUUGAGUCUCGUCUCGGCUUUGAGGGACCGUAGCCGGCACUCUGUCGCGUCUUCGAGACAGAGGCGUGGGAGGGACAAUUGUCUGUAAAGAGUCCCCAAAAGAAUGAGGUGAAUGAUGCCACGAGACUUUUCAAGGGGGUCAACUUUCCCCGUCAUCUCUUGACCAGUCACCUGUAGACCUCCACCUUUCCCCCUUGUAAGGAGGUGACUAAAAGUGACUCAACAAAAUAAAAAUGCCCAUGUUUUUGCUGUA